AUGGAGCAGAGCGAAACGGUCUCCCAAAUUGCACCGAAGAAAUUGGCGAGGCAAUUGGAUUUCACGACGGUGUGUCGAGCGUCGGCAAACGCAGCGUUGCCGGAGGUGCAGCUACAGCUACAGCUACAGGCACCGUCGCAGGCGCAGCUGUCACAAAACUCACCGGCAACAUCGCACGUGCAUUUGCAGUUACAGUCGCCACCGCCGCCGCCGGUAGCGCAGUCACCGAAACAGCUAACGCCGCCACCGGCGAUUCCACAGUUUCUGGCUCGGCCGAGUCCCGCGCCGGCGGCGAACUCUCGGAUUCAGCACCCGGUGCACAAGCUUUCGAUCUCGACAUCGCAAGCGAGUAAACAAGAGUCUCCUAUAUCACGGCAACGUGGCGAUGGAAAAGAUGGCACUCCUAAGAAGCAGAAGCAAUGUAAUUGUAAAAACUCUCGGUGCCUGAAGUUGUACUGUGAGUGCUUCGCAGCUGGAAUUUAUUGUGAAGGCUGCAACUGCUCGAAUUGUCACAAUAAUGUGGACAAUGAAGCUGCUAGGCAGGAGGCAGUUGGAUUAAUUUUAGAACGUAAUCCAAAUGCUUUCAGACCAAAAAUUGCUAGCAGCCCACAAGAAUCUCGUGAUGGUAGGGAAGAUGCUGGUGAAAUUCAAGCACCUGGAAAGCACAAUAAAGGAUGUCAUUGCAGGAAAUCAGGGUGCCUCAAGAAAUAUUGUGAGUGCUUCCAAGCCAAUAUUCUAUGCUCUGAAAAUUGUAAAUGCAUGGGCUGCAAGAACUUUGAAGGAAGUGAAGAAAGAAGAGCUCUCCAUCAUGAAGACCACAAUACCGUGGCCUACAUGCAGCAGGCUAAUGCAGCCAUCAGUGGGGCCAUUGGAUCCUCUGGUUAUGGGACCCCUCUGGUGUCCAGAAAAAGAAAGAGCUACGAACUCUAUUUUGGCACUACAAAUCAAACAACUCAUCCGAUUAAACAACCUCAACAGGAAAAUCAUCUAAGACCUCCUAUGGCCUCUUCUUCUCUGUCAUCUGUUCCAAAUUGUCGCACUGCUAAUGCAGCAGCAUCAAGAUCUUCAAAAUCCACAUACAGAUCUCCAUUGGCGGAUAUUAUCCAAUCAAAGAACAUAAAGGAUUUGUGCUCACGUCUGGUUGUAGUUUCAGGAGCUGCUGCAGAGGCACUUGCAGGAAAUAGGCGCAGAGAGACAAUUGAUGAUUCUAGUACCAAUUUAUCCACUCAAGAGGGGAAAGAAUGUAAAAAGGAACAUGAUAUUCAAAAUUCCGUGCAUGAUGACCAUUUAGGAGUGAACGAAGCAGAUAGAGAUGAGAGCAGCUAUUCUGGAUUAAAUGGAGGUGAUGUGCAAAAUAGCAGGCCAAUGUCCCCUGGAACACUUGCCCUGAUGUGUGAUGAACAAGAUAAGAUGUUUAUGGCAGCUGGAUUGCCAAAUGGUGUGGGAAGCAGUAGUCCAAGCAUGACUCAGAACUCAACUCAGGAAAUAGGAUGCACAGAGGUUUAUGCGGAACAGGAAAGGCUUGUACUGACCGGGUUCAGGGAUUUCCUUAACCAUCUUAUUACUCGAGGGAGCAUAAAAGAAACAAUGUGUUCUCCCCAAGCCAAAAGAGAGAGGGUAAGCCAAAAAGAACCUGUUCAGGGUGGAACUGCAAAACCUAGCCCUGAACCCAGGUGCCAGAAAGAGGCAUACAGCAACGGCAUUGCAAAAUCUCCUGUUUCUGCAAACGGUAAAAUGCUUCAGCUGGUAACGACUCUUCAUCCGGUAGCAACGGUCACUUCUGGUGACAAUGAUCUGUCUCUAAAGGUCGGAUUGCCCAUUGAAAAAUAG